CAGUGCACGGCGGCGGCGGCACCUUCCUUCUCGCAUCCCGGUCGCCCGGCCCGCGAGGAGGCAGCGGCGGCCGCAGGCGCCAGCAGAGGAGGCGGCGGAGCAUCGAGCAGAGGCGAGGCGGACCGGCAGGAGCGCGCGGCCGGAGCCACGCAUCCCCACACUUGCACACCAACUCCCGAGCCUUGCACCCCCGAGACCUGAGUCGGGGGCUCGGAGAGCCUCGGUGAAGCCAGCAGGAGCCAGCUCCGGAGCCCAGCCAGCUCCGUUCUGAGCCUCCCGGGCGCUGGUCCCCCCGCGGCGGGGUCCCCGCUUCUGCGCUCCGGACGCACCUCCCGGACAGCCGGGUCCCCGCGACCAGGACAAAGCCAUGAAGCCGGCGCUGCUGGAAGUGAUGAGGAUGAACAGAAUUUGCCGGAUGGUGCUGGCCACUUGCUUGGGAUCCUUUAUCUUGGUCAUCUUCUAUUUCCAAAGUAUGUUGCACCCAGUCAUGCGGAGAAAUCCCUUCGGUGUGGACAUCUGCUGCCGGAAGGGGUCUAGAAGCCCGCUGCAGGAGCUCUACAAUCCCAUCCAGCUGGAGCUGUCUAACACUGCCAUCUUGCACCAGAUGAGACGGGACCAAGUGACAGACACCUGCCGGGCCAACAGCGCCAUGAGCCGCAAGCGCAGGGUGCUGACCCCCAACGACCUGAAGCACCUGGUGGUGGAUGAGGACCACGAACUCAUCUACUGCUAUGUGCCCAAGGUCGCGUGCACCAACUGGAAGAGGCUCAUGAUGGUCCUGAGCGGCCGCGGCAAGUACAGCGAUCCCAUGGAGAUCCCAGCCAACGAGGCCCACGUGUCGGCCAACCUGAAGACCCUUAACCAGUACAGCAUCCCAGAGAUCAACCACCGCUUGAAAAACUACAUGAAGUUCCUGUUCGUGCGGGAGCCCUUCGAGAGGCUGGUGUCUGCCUACCGCAACAAGUUCACGCAGAAGUACAACACCUCCUUCCACAAGCGCUACGGCACCAAGAUCAUCAGACGCCAGCGGAAGAACGCCACGCAGGAGGCCCUGCGCAAGGGGAACGAUGUCAAGUUCGAGGAGUUCGUGGCCUACCUCAUCGACCCCCACACGCAGCGGGAAGAGCCCUUCAACGAGCACUGGCAGACGGUCUAUUCCCUCUGCCACCCGUGCCACAUCCACUACGACCUCGUGGGCAAGUACGAGACGCUGGAGGAGGACUCCAAUUACGUACUGCAGCUGGCCGGUGUGAGCGGCUACCUGAAGUUCCCCACCUAUGCAAAGUCCACCCGAACUACCGACGAGAUGACCACGGAGUUCUUCCAGAACAUCAGCGCCGAGCACCAGACACAGCUGUACGAAGUCUACAAACUGGACUUUUUAAUGUUCAACUACUCAGUGCCAAACUACCUGAAGUUGGAUUAGAGGGCUGCGGGGGCGGUUGGGGGAGAGGGAGAGAAUCCUGCUUUUUAAUUUAAGAUUUUUAUUUGUCAAAAGAAUUCUAUGGAGACUGGGUUAUUUUGUAAGUUAAUAUGUUUUGGGGGGAGAUGCUGCGAGCGGCAUGGUAAGAAUUAUUUAAAAAUCCUCCAUGGGGAAGGACAGCUGUCUUUGCAGAGGAGCAGGGUGGAUUGUCUCUGUUUUUAGAAGUGGAUACUGCAACACUGUCUCCAAGGUGUCCUUGUGUUCUGGUGAAUUCCACAAACUGUGCAUUCCAUAAAGUCUAAUGAUUCUUAUUUAUAGCUAUUUAAA